UGUUCUAGAACCAACACUCUUUCUUUCUUCUUGAUACACCAUGCCUUCACGAGAAAUUAUCAACUUACAAGUCGGUCAGGCCGGAAACCAAGUGGGGGAAACUUUCUGGAAGAUGCUUCUAGCAGAACAUGGUCUCGACUAUAAUGGGGCAUACAAAGGGUCGGAUCCAUUACAGCUUCAGCGUGUUGGCGUGUACUUCACCGAAAUUGAAUCUGGAGGCGUACAAAGAUAUGUACCAAGAAGCACGCAAAUUGACCUCGAGGCGGGUGUGUGCAAUCGCCUUCGCAGCGGUCCAAUUGGUGGUCUUUUUCGGCCAGAUACAUAUGUCACCGGUGAUCCUGGAGCAGGGAACAAUUGGGCAAAAGGAUUCUAUACCGAAGGUGCUGAGUUAAUUGACUCUCUCCUAGACACGAUUAGAAAACAAGGGGAAGCAUGCGACGCGUUGCAAGGCUUUCAACUGAUACAUUCGCUCGGGGGUGGAACAGGUUCCGGUAUGGGAAGUUUGUUGCUUUCCAAAUUACGUGAAGAAUACCCAGAUCGGAUGCUCGCCACCUUCUCCAUCCUUCCGUCACCGAAGGUAUCGGAAACUGUCGUCGAACCCUACAACGCGAUGUUGUCCGUGCACCAACUUCUCGACACUAGUGACUUGACUAUCUGUAUCGACAACGAGGCAUUAUAUAAUAUCACCUCAGGCACUCUCAAAAUCAAGAGUCCCGCUUUCCCCGACCUUAACGAGCUGGUAGCGAAGGUUAUGUGCGGAGUUAGCACAAGUCUUCGUUUCCCUGGUCAAUUGAACGGCGAUCUGCGCAAACUUGGAAUGAACCUUAUCCCCUUCCCACGUCUUCACUUCUUAAUGCCCAGCUAUGCGCCGUUCUACAGUAACGCCUCUCAAGCUUACCAGGGUCUUUCGAUUCCUGAACUCACCCAAGCCUUAUUUGAUCGUAAAAAUCUCCUGGUAGCCUGUGAUCCCCGAUUCGGCCGUUAUUUGACCGCUGCUACUAUCUUCCGCGGAAAAGUCGCCUCUCGCGAAGCUGAAGUUGCGGUACAUGACCUCCAAAUGCGGAACUCACAACACUUCGUCGAAUGGAUUCCAGAUAACGUAUCGGUAUCUUUAGUUUCCGUACCCCCUGCUGGACAAAAAUUGGCCGCUACUGCUUUAUCAAACUCAACUGCCGUCCAAGAGCUUUUCACAAGGACACUCGGGGCGUUUUCGGCCAUGUACAAACGAGGUGCUUUCCUACAUUGGUACACUGGAGAAGGAAUGGAUCCUAUGGAGUUUUCCGAAGCUGAAAGCAACACUCAGGACCUCAUUGCUGAAUACCAACAGUAUCAAGAAGCAUCUGUGGCUGACGAAGAGGAAUACUUCGAAGAAGAAGAAUAAUGACGAUCAGUGUUGUCUGUUCGUCUGUGGUCGCUCUCCAUCUACGUUGCUAUCUUAUUUGCACAUAUAAUACUGAUCUGUUGAGCAAUCUUGAAUACAGUUAUCUAAUCUAAUUUGACCAAUCCUAUGACCUUUUUCA